AUGUCUACUAAACCUACGAUCGUUCUGGUUCCUGGAGCGUGGCAUAGCCCGGAAUGUUUUCAAUAUAUCGUACCAAAGCUUGAGGCAUUAUCUUAUCCUGUUGCUUGCAUCAACCUCGCCACUGUUGGUGAACAGAACCCUGCAGCAACUCACCUGGACGAUGUCGCAGCCAUACAUGAAGUCAUCAUCCCACUAAUGAAUGAAGGCAAGGAAGUCAUGCUCAUCCCGCAUUCCUACGGAGCCGCUGUCCAAGGUCAGACUGUGGCUGAGCGAAGUGCUCGAGGCGAAAAAGGAGGCAUCACAUCAAUUUUCUUCUUGGCAUCAUUUGCGUUAAAACAACGAUAUGACUUGCUCCGAGACCUUCGGCAAGGAAUCGGUGAACUGGAUGGAUGUUGCAGUCAGUCUCCCCACAAUCAUUCCCGAUUUCGUUCUAACCCAUCUGUACUUUACAACGAUCUUUCACCAGAGCAAGCGACUUACUGGUUAUCUAAAUGUAGACCUCAUACAUUGGCGUCGUUUGGCAAACCAGUCGAGUUCGUGCCUCCGGAUCUCAAAAUUCCCAGCAUGUACUUGAUUUGCGAAAAGGAUGGAGCGAUGGAUUUGGAUCUUCAGGAAAGUCUAAUCGCUGCGACGCCGGGGAUGAAGACUAUGAGAUUCAGUGGAGGGCAUUCUCCGUUCCUGAGCCAUCCUGACUUCACCGUGGAGGCUAUUGUCAAGGCUGCUAAAGAACUUGGGUCUGACAGGACGGAUUGA